AUGACCGGCUCUCAACCGAGCCUUUUCAUCGCCCCGGGCGAUGACGAACCUGCUGGUGCCUCCGAGGCACCAGACUCCCGCGCCGCCCCCGACCUCGGUGCCGUGAAGACUCCCUCUGGCUGGGUCGCGUUCUGCUCACCCUCCCGCAGUGCAGAGUUGCCUGCGCCGGUUUCGCCCUCGCCCGGCCUCCGCAUCUCCUUCCGUCUCCCCCCCGCUCCUGGUGCUUCCGCCAGUUCUUCUGCCGGUGUUGCUGCUGUCCCUCCCGUGGCCGCGCCCCUCGCCGGUGCCUCGGCUCCCGGGGCCCCCCUCGCGCCUAGCGCCUCUGCCGUGGCUGCUGCUGCUGCCCCGGUGUUGCCCGUUGACACCCCGAGGUCGCCUCUGGUGGAGGAGUCGGAGGAGGAGGAGGAGGAGGAGGAGUCAGAGAAGGAGGAGGAGCCCGUCCGCCGCUCCUCCCAGAAGCGGAAGGCCGUCCGUCCCCCCACCGCCUCCGACGACGACGAUGACGAUGACGAUGACGACGACGGCGUCGACGACCACGUGUCCCUGCUCCGCGUCUGCUGCCUCCGGUGCGCGAAGUACUUGGCGGUGAAGCCGGAGUUCUCGUGCGUCUUCCCGGCGACGCACACGAAGUGCACCCGGUGCACUCGUCUUAAGGACAAGUGCGUUCCGGUCCCCGACUCUGUUGUCGCCUCUGUGUCGGCGCUGCUGGCCCUACAGCGCGACUUCGACGUCGCCAAGGGUGCCGUCGCGACCGCCCUGCGCUCGCAGGUCGUGGCUGCUGCGCGUGCCCUCCCCGUGGAGGUUCGCGUGGCCGCCUCCCUGCAGGUUCCUGCUGGGGAGGUGAACGCCGCGAUCCUGCGGGGGCAGGCGGAGAUGCUGGCGGUUCUCUGCCGCAUUGACGCCACCAGCGUCGCGCCGACGGCGCAGGUGGGAAGGGGAAGGGGAAAGGUAGGUCAGGGUGAUAGCGACCUGCUGGGCGGCCACGUGCCCGCCCCCGUGUCGCCAUCGCCCCUCGGCCUCCCGUGUGGUGUUGGUAACGAUCACCGCACACAGGAAUGCGGGCACGGAGAACGCAAAUACUCGUAUUAUAGGCCCGAGGGCCGAAUUAAACUACGCCCGGAGGGAGAGUCCUAG